CGAAGAACAAAAGCAAGAUCUGCACACUUAUUGCAAUAGCAAAGCGCUGCGAAAUUUUUGAUCACGUCUUUUUGCAAUCUUGCCUUAUUCUUUUUCGUGCAACAUUGACGCGAUGACAGCGGUUCUUUUUUCUGAAUUUUGUUUUUGAAAUAUCGAAUCGACACGAACGCUUUUAUUGUAGAAUAGCAUUUUGUCUUAAGUAAAAACACUAACCGAAAUCCGAUCCGGGCUUCGAUAUUUUGCAAAUCUUUGCAACCGCUCGAACCCAAAGGAAAAAAUGACCGCCACUCGCAAGACCAAGCUGAAAUCCGACCAGUAUUGUGCGUUUUUUUUGUUUUACGCCUAUGAUGUAGUGUCCGAAGAUACAUACUAACCCUAGAAUUGAAAGUGUAAAUAAAAAUUUGCAGGUUCGCACGGAACAUCCGGCACCGGGGAAACGUGGCGACGUCCGUGUUGUGCUAAAAAAAGUGUCUCUUUCUCCUGGCCACCUCCUCAGGCCAGGACAUUUUCGCAUCCCAAGCACCACGCUGCUCUCUUACCUGGCCCAAAAAUUUGCCAGGCCAGGUAAGAGAGUGCCGUGGUGUUUGGGCCAACUUUUUUUGGGGCGAUGCGGUCUUUUUUCCUUCCAAUCGCAAUGCUAUGCUCUUACCGGGCCUCAAAGUCUGGAGGCCCAGGUAAGAGCACAGCAUGGCGCUUGUGCUUCAAGAGUGUCUUUUUCCUCUGGCCACCUCCUCAGGCCUGGACGUUUUCGCAUCCCAAGCACCGCGUUGCUCUCUUACCUGGCCCCAAAACCUGGCAGCCCAGGUAAGAGAGUGCCGUGGUGUUUGGGCCAACUUUCGCGGGCCGGAGCAAUCUUUUUUCCAGGCGCCGCGCUAUGCUCGUAGCUUGGCGGCCAAUCUAUUUUUGAUCUAUUCCGCCCAAAUAUCUACUCGAAGAAAUUCCCUACCAAAUAAAAUUUGCAGGUUCGCGCGGAACAUCCGGCACCGGGGAAACGUGGCGACGUCCGAUCGCGAGAAGAGUAAGAGCGGAUUUCUAUCCUGAGUAAAAACGUACCCACACCAGAGUUGUAAUGCAGAUUUGCAAAGACAAGAAGACUUGUAAUGCGCAUCCCCAUGACAGCCAUUUCCAAUCGUGUUUUGGAAUUUGUGAUGCUGUGAACAGGAUGAGCCGAUGAAUCUGUGAUGCGGCUGCACUUGCUAACCUGCACAACACUGCAUAGCGCAACUUGUCAUGCGUGACUCACAAAACUCCCGGGUUUGUGUUGCAAAAUCCCCAUCCUGACUCUGGUGGGGGUACGUUUUUACUCAGGAUAAUUUCGGGUCGGCCCUCUGGUGUUGGCCUUUUUUCUGUUCGUGGUCGUGGGGUCCGCAAUUCUGCAGAUCAUUUCUGCGUCUCAGAAGGGAAUGCCAGCGGCGUGAUUACGCGACCGCGCCUCGAAGUUUUGAUCGACGACGCAGGGACGACCUGUGUUCACCUUGAAUCGUAAAUGCUAUAUGCUUCUUCAUCUUCUUCGGAGGCGGAUGAAGACAAAACGUUCCAGAUUGAUUCCGGAUCAUGGAGCUUCGUCCGCCACCUCCUCCUCUGGACUUUCUACGUACCCCGCCCGAAGAACGUGUCUCACCCCGCCCCGACUGCCCGGUAGUUGUCGGUCUACGCGAGAACAUAACUACCUUUGAAUUUCGCGGGAUCGCUGACAUACAGGCAGCAACGAUGUCGCCUCAAAUGAAAAGACUAUGGAUGUUGAGCAGAGAAUCGCGGUUCGGGAGUAAAUCGUUCCACGAACAGCAGACCGAUUGAUCACCCAGCAGGGUGGAAGACAUUUUAUUUUACUGUUGCUAGAAGUGACGGCGCUCUCCUUUCGGCUUUGAAAGACAGGCACGGGACAGUGCGCGAUGCAAAGUUGCAUCGCUCGCCUCGUCCCCGUUCGGUGCCCAAAGUCGGGCCGCGCGAAUUUAUUCUGCCACGGAAUUUUUAGUACACACCUAUGAAAACAGACUCAACCUCCAUGGCUGUGUAGAUGUAAGAACUACACGUGUUAUUUUCGUUGUAUCCUAAAAACAUCCUCGAGCUGUGUAUUGUACCCUGGUGGAGAACUACAGAACGG